CAGCAAGGGCCGCCCAAGGAGAGAGCCCCUGCACUGUCGCCAGGGAAACCCCGUGGCGUGGUUGUGUGUCAGUUUCGCUGGGACCCGCGGUCGAUGCCGGUGAGGAGGAGGGGGAUGGGCGCCUCUGCGAACGUAAGGACCCGAGACAGAAUCAGAGCCCAGUAUCACAUACAGCAGCAUAUACCCCAUUAUAAAUAGCGACUGUAUAUAUACAAUACACUAAAAUACAUUAUCCACCGGGGAUCUAUAAUAGACAUUCAAUGGAUGCAGUGCACCUGAACAGGACAGGGGAUUUAACUUUCCGCCUAUGCGUGUGUGACACUGAGAAGUUUGUGUCCUACCCCUGGAGAGGGAGCUACUUUUAAGGGCAAAGGAUACAGGAGACUCCGAGGCCUACCUUCAGGCCUACUGGUCUGGUUGGAUUUGAUGUUGGGAUACUCUAAGGACCUCACAUUGUACAUGCAUUUGCUGAAGUUUGGAAUGCCUCUUUAGGCCCCCCAUGACCGUGAGCCGUGGGCUACGGCUCGGCGGCGCCCCACCUUUGGAGUGGUCUGCUGCUGUAAUUGGGACCCUGUGAUUCCUCCCCUCUCCUCCUCCCCUCCCUCCCUCCCCCAUCCCAUCCUCUCCCUCCCCUUUCCCCUACUUCCCCCCCCUCCCACGCGUCGCUGUGCUGGACGUCAUGAGCAUAGUAAUCGCGCUGGGAGUCACCACACCUGAAACGUCUUACUCAGAUAUGGCUGCUGGAUCAGACCCUGAGUCAGUUGAAGCAAGCCCUGCCGUGAAUGAAAAAAACUACAACAACCACAGCUGUGGGAGUGCACAGAGUCAUGGGUAUCGGGGACUACCAUAUGCUAUGCAACAGUCUUCCGUUGUGUGUUGUCAGGAUCACAACUAUGGCGCGCCCCCUCCCCCCACCCCACCCGCCUCCCCGCUCUCCCAAACCAUCAUUCCCCGUAUGGAUCUCAACGGCGUGGUACGCGACUCCCGCUAUCAUGAAACUACUGAGGACAACUCAGCCGACAGCGACAGCUCCUCAGAGGAAGACGGGGCUGUGGCCAGUUGGUGUCACUGCAGCCUGACUUCGGAUGGCCUGCUCAUCAAAUGUGACAACUGCAGGAGGAAAGGAGCAGAAGGCCAACAAAGAAAAACAGAAAAUGUCUCAGCUGGAGAGAGCAGUGCCACUGAGAGUGGAGACGAAGAGGUCGAGCCCUCCACCAUCUCUUACACUGCCACCCAGCAUACACCCACCAGCAUCAAACUCACUGUCAACCGGGUCAAAAGGAGCAAAUCCAAAAAGAGAAAGAAGAGCACAGAGAAGGCCCGUGGAACGCCGAAGGGCAAGAAGGUCAAGGCUUUCAGAGAGGGUUCUAGGAAGUCUAUGAGGAUGAAGAACUCAACAACAGAAGUCAGCGUGUUGGAUGAGAAUACAGCAGAGGGAUGGGAGAGCAGAAUCCGCCAGUGGACGGACCAGUAUGAGGAGGCUCUGGCCAACCAGUACAGCGCUGAUGUCCAGACCCUUCUCCAGCUCCACCGCACUGCCAACACCACUGUCUCAAAGGCAGAGGGCGACACUGCAACACCCCCUUCUGCUACACAGAUCCACGCCUCAGGUGAUGCCAUGGACACCAUCAACCGCACUGAACUGACCUGUAACAACACAGUGCUCGGCUCACAGAUGCAGCUACAGUUGGGGCGGGUUACACGGGUGCAGAAACACAGGAAGAUCCUCCGUGCAGCCAAGAACCUGGAACCAGACACACUCAUCAUUGAAUAUCGGGGAAAGGUCAUGCUCAAACAACAGUUUGAAGUAAACGGCCAUUUCUUCAAAAAACCCUACCCAUUUGUGCUAUUCUACUCAAAGUUUAAUGAUGUAGAAAUGUGUGUUGAUGCAAGGACCUUUGGAAAUGACGCUCGCUUCAUCAGAAGGUCCUGUACACCCAAUGCUGAGGUAAGGCAUAUGAUUGCUGAAGGCAUGAUCCAUCUGUGUAUCUACGCCAUCAGUCAAAUCACAAAGGACGCUGAGGUCACCAUUGGAUUUGACUAUGAGUUCAAUAACUGUAAUUAUAAAGUGGACUGUGCCUGCCAUAAGGGAAACCAGAACUGCCUGGUGCAGAAGCACAACCUGAGGCCCAUGGAGAGCUUCCUCAUUACCCCCUCACUGCCACCUUCCUCCCCUCUGGUUGGUGCUGAGACCCGACGGAGAAAAGCCAGAAAGAGAGAGCUGGAAAACUAUGUUGCCGAUGACAGCAACCAGAUCCUGGACCAGGAGGCCAAAGAAAUGCAGGGGAACAGUGACUUAGAGGAGAGACUGCUGGAUGAGUUGAAGGUGGAAGAUGGAGAAGAAGGAGAGGUGGAUGAAAAUGGGGUCGCCAUCUAUAGUAAAAGAACACAUAACAGCCUGGAAAGAAGGCGAAAGAGAGUAGGAGGAGCAGAGGUGAAGGAGGAGGGUGUGGAAAGUGAGUACGGGGCAGGAAACCCUGCUGGUAACAAUCCAAUACCCCAUAACACUGGAGUGGGGAUCAGCACACGACGCACCACCUAUGUCAUGGAAGUGCCAUCUAUUGAAGAAAAGACCUUAUUACCCAACCUGCCUGCCCCAGUUGCUCCCCCUAAACCUGCUAGACCUACCAAGCCUCGGCCCAAAAGUCGGAUCUCUCGCUACCGGUCAAGUUCAUCCCAGCGUGCCCGGCGUCAGCGCCAAGCCCUCGCCCAGCAAGCAGCAGCAGCAGCAGCAGCUGCUGCUGCAGCCAUGGCAGCAGCACCAUCAUCAGCUGAUCAGGGUGCUUCUCUGGACGAGGAGGGCUCUCAGGGCCCAUAUGGUGCUGAACAUGGCCAUGGAGAGAGAGGUCUGGGGGGUCAUCUCCUAGAUGGAGAUGGCCAGGGUUUAAACUGCAUAAAUAGAGGCAACUUGCGCUACCCCAAGACCAAGAAGUACCUGGUGACAGAGUGGUUGAAUGACAAGGUACCUGGAGGGGAGAAGGUCCACCAAGAGGUGCCUGUUGAGCGCCCAUUACGGAUAACCACUGACCCCACGGUGCUGGCCACCACCCUCAACAUGCUGCCAGGCCUCUCCCACUCAUCACUCAUCUGCACCACACCCAGACACUACGUCCGCUUUGGCUCCCCUUUCAACCCCGAGAGACGCCGGCCCCGUCCGCUCCAAAUAGACGGGACUUAUGGCUGCUACAAGAAGAGAUGGAUAAAGCAAGCGGAGGAUGAAAGCUGUUCAGCCAGUAUUGAGGAUGGCACAGAGUCCACCUCCUCCCAGCAAAGUACCAGUAGCAGAUCCACCCCUAACCCCAUGUCCAACGUUUUUAAAAUCACAGAACUCAACGCACCGUUUAAGAAGCGCCACUCCAAGUAUAUGUCAGAGACGAUAACCGCACCCUCAGACCACCUGCUUUGCCCGCUGUCACCAAUCACACCACCGCUCCCAGAGGACUCCUUCCAUCUGCCGCUCCACACCCCAAGCGGCUCCCUGCUGCCAAACGGCCUGGCCUACUCACCCAUGCCCUCACUGCCUGCCAGCCGCUGCAACACACCGCUGCAAUUUGAAAACAUAUCAUCCCCUGAGGCAUCUCCUGUUCACAGGGCGGAGUCCAUCUCUCCUGAGCCAUGUCUUCAGACAGACUUUGACAUCCCUCGGCCUCAGUUCCCAGACCUGUCACUUCCCUCCAGCUUGGAGAGCCCUGUGGCUGUGACCUCAGAUGACUUUUCCCUUCCGGCUGGCCCUUCAGGCCACGAUUCCCAGGGCCCAUCAUCUGUAGGGACCAGUUCCCUUAACCCAGUGUCCUGUCCUUCCUCAGACCUAACCUCCCAAAACAGGGAGCAGGCUUUCAGGACAGAGUUUAACCUCAUAUACACCUGCUCACCACUCAACGCAAACCUGGGGAACCCUGUGGCCAUGGACCGCCACCUCUCCCAGUCAGAAGGUGGCUUUUCCCCAGCAGAGUCCUUUCACAGUUCUGUAAGCGGCCAGGGGCUGCUGGGAGAUGUGGGCCCUGGCUCCAUGUCACCAUACGGCGAGCUUCAUUAUGGGGGAAGCUACCCAGAUAGUUGCACGCCUCCUCAUACCAGCAACCCACCACAAAAGAAGAAGAGGGCCAACCAGCAUACCAUUAGUCUGCUGACAGGGAAGCCAGAUUACCAGGCUAUAGCUGUAAGAAGUGAAUACAAGCCAGUACAAAAUAUGGUGUCUUUGCUGGAGUACCGCAAGAGGAAACAGGGCAGCGGCCGCGACUCAGACCCAGCCGGCAGCAGCUCGUCUCUGGGUGGUACCCCCACCAGGCCUGGCUCCCACUACAGCCAGGAUUCCCAUCAUCCCCAUUGCCAUCAGCAGAUGCAGCCCCCGGCCUCCCAACACAGCUCCUUCUCUUCCUCAGCACACACUUUCUCCAUCCCACAAAUAGAGGAGGUCAGUCCUCCAGACCAGCAGGGCUCUUCAGUGCAGUCCAGACGCCAGGACAGCAACAACCAGUGGAUGGUCCCCACUACUGUUGAACGUUUAAGGGAAGGGGGGGUCCUGGAGCGAGUGCUAAGAAGCAUCAAGAUGGAGCGGAUUCACAAGAGGAGUGAUGGCUCUACAGAGAAGGAAUCUGAUGCAGAUCGAUAUGAGAUGCAGGCAGCGUCCAUGGCUUCUCCCAUGAAGAGUCCACACGGAUACAGUCCCUCUGUGUACUCACUCCAGUCAUCAGAAAGCCACCGGCAGACAGACAGCCCGUCGUUCCUCCAGCAAACCUCCAACUCUCCAUUCCGGGGUUCCUACAGUCCCUCAUCAGGCCAGAGCUUUUACACACGCCUCUCCACCUCUCACCCUGAAGUGUUGCAGGACCACCCUCCAUCCUCCUACCCCAGUGGCACCCCCACCUCCUCCUUAGACUCCAGGCCGCCAGCGUGCUCUCUAAACCAGCAAAGUGGCAGCAGUAACUUGGACGGAGGUCAUGGCUACAGCAGCCCCUUAAAAGCGAGCCUUUUGAACAGCAGCAGCCUGGUAGGGACUCCCACCCCGGGACACAGGGCCCAUGGGCAGACUAAGAUAGACUCGGGCGCCCAUGCCUCCAGAGAGUGUCAACAGCAGGUGUCUCGCAGUCUGAAGUCCGGCAGCCCGGGCCAGGCGGCGCUGCAGGCUGGCUCCAGGUUGCUGUCGGCCACUGGACCGACACACUACCCACAGCGAGGGACAAGCCUCAGUCAGUUCCAGCACUCCCCCCUUCAGGGACCUGGAGUAAGGACACAGUCAGGAAGCUUUUAGGACAUUUGUGUGUGUGUGUGUGUGUGUGUGUGUGUGUGUGUGUGUGUGUGUGUGUGUGUGUGUGUGUGUGUGUGCGUAAGCGGUGCGUAAGCGGUGUGUAUGAAGCUGGGUACCCCCUUAAAGCUGCGUUGAAAUGGGGAGCAGGGAGUUUGGGGAGGGGAAUGUACAGACCUAAGAGGAGCAAGGACUUCUUUAAGAAUUUCUCCGUUUUUUUUUUUUUCUGUCUCUCUCUUUUCUGGAAAAAAAAUAAUCAAAUGACCACAUUCUGCACAAAGCUAGUCUUUGACUUUGGACAUCAUUACAGAAUCAGUGGAAAAAGCGUUUGGGAUGACAUUCUAAAAAAAACAAGAAAUCACAUGUAACUUGAAAUUUUCCCGUUUUUCCUCAUGUGCCGGACUGUGCAAACAGGCUCUAUAAUGUCGGAAAGUAAAACUUUCCACACAAAUGUCUGUACAAAGUUAUUAAAAGCCGUACCUCUCGCCAUGGUACCCAGGUUGGAUAAAUGCAUAUGUAACUGAAAGCAAGAAUUGUUUUAUUUUUUUAUUUUAUUUUUGUCAAUGUUACUUUUUUGAUUUGGCAAGGGGCCGAGUCUGUGCUGCAGUAAAUAAGUGUUUGAUUAGGAAAUGAUGCAAUUAGAAAGGUGGGGAGGAGGGGUUCUCCCUGGAUAGGAUCAUUCCAUGUGAUUGCCAGCUUCCGUGUUCUCUCACUAAACAUGACAACAGCCCUUUUUUCUUGAGGUUCUCAGUUGGUUCCAAUGUUCUGUUUUGUUUUGGUUCUUUUCUGUUCUCUCAUCCCCACUGAACUGUUUUGAUUUCACAUUAGGACUACUUCGCUGUAAACCUCUGAUAUUGUACUUGAGACAUACAAGUCUUAUGAUUCAUGGUGCUGCAUUCUUGUUUUUCCAAUAAAUUUGAAAUCCAGUUAUGUUCCCCACAUAUGGCUGCAUUCAUCUUGUCAUAUAAAUAAGUUUUAUUUUUCUCCAAAUUCAUAUUAAUCAUAUAUUAUAGUGAUGGGAUGCAGGAACAAAAUAAGAGAAUAAUCCAACUUUAAUUCUGAGUAAAAAUGUUGGUUUGAAUGUUUUUUUCCUUCAGAAUUUCUUUAAAUAUAUAUGUCUGUUUUGUUUUUGGUUUUUUUUACCAAUCCUUGCAUUCCGUAUGACACCAAUAAAACCACGAAAGGGA